CACAAGCUUAGAAAAUUGAGAAAAACAUACACAAAUACAGUGCCUUAUAGGAGGUGGUUGUGUACUAAGAGACAAGAAAUUGGCUGCUCCAACGCAUUAUUCUUUGAAUCUAGAACUGCGCCUGACCACUGUUCACUAAAGCUUAGAAGCUUAAGUCUCACGGGCCUCUUGCAAGCUGCCUUUUUAUUGUUCCAUUCUGACCAACCUGUUAUAUUCACCUAACUCUAUCUUUUUAAUUGAAACCAAAAGGCUAUAUUGUGAGUCUCUAUUAUGAGCUCGCUUUUCGGAAACCUUGGGAGCGGUCCCUCGGACGCCAAACCAACAUUAGGCCAGCCCGCAAGCCUUUUCUCUGCGACCAAUACUACCAAUUCGUUCGCGAAUCCCCCCAUGGCGAAUACCAAUGCAUCCUUGUUCGGAUCUCAGCCACAAGCUCAACAGCCAACUGCUCAGCCUUCAGUGUUCGGUGCGAGUCAACAGCAUUUAAAUGGAGGGCAAGCACGGCAAAGCAGUCAGAACACUCAGCCUGCCUUCUUCAACAGCUUGCUGGAGCGUGGGAAGAAACGGCCGAUCUCUUCGACAGGAUUGGAUGAUUUUGAGGGUUUGCCCAGCCUUCAACUCGGACUGGAUGAUAUCCGAAGAAAAGCCAGGGAACUGAGAACUGGUGGGCUGAAGGAUUCCCAGCAAGCCACCACAAACGGUAAAGCGCACUAUCUGCUUGCUGCCUCGGGUGUAUCACCGGGGCGUGCCCUGCAUGAUUUGAGAACACUAGACCCUCGCGCAUCGGUAGCGUUUCCUCGCGGCAAAGAACAAGAGAGCUUUGAUCCAGACAACCAGAAAUUCUUGAGAAAUAUUCAGCAACGCGGUCGACAGGUGAUGGUCGCUGAGGGCCUUGCCCGUGCACAGAAGGAUUUUGAUCUAUUUCUGGAGGAAAAAGUAGACUUGGACUGGGAAGAACAACGGCAGAAAAUCUUCCGUCAUUUUGGCCUCGUGCAGAAAGAUAACCGUCCUAGUGAUAAACUGGGAGCUACGACAAAAGGGUCAUUUGGCAGAUCCACAAAAGAUCAGAAACGCUCUUCCCAAGGAGUGGCACCAGGCUCUGGUAGAAGUGUUUUUGGACGGUCUGCUUUGGGAAAGUCCGUUAUUGGCACUCCUGGGGCCGGUCUUUCGGGCUCUCAGUUCUCUGAGGAACCCAGCGAACGUGCGGAUGGCCCUGCUGCCCACUCUCCGGACUCCCAUUACCUGAGAGAGAAAAUGGGCUACUAUGCAGACAAGGUUCAACGUUUGAAUUCAGCAAGACUCCAAGGUCAUACAUUCCCCGUUCUUCACGAGUUUUCUGAUGUAGAAAAACAUGCUGGUGGUGAUGCUCCUCGGCAACUCUUUGAUGCAUACCAGGCCAUCAUCAGCAUGAUAGAUGAACGGAAUGGUACUAUGAAUAACCCAUACCCUAAUCCUCUUAAGGAGAGACAGUUCCGUGAUGGGUAUCUUAACGAAGUUUCAAACUCCGUCGAAUCAAUCAACCUUCGCAAAAGAAUUGUCGACGGCUCCAGGUCAUUUCUCGAGAGGCUUUUCUACAGCGAAGUUGAAAGCAUUGUUACCAAAAACCCGCGCGAAGCGCAACUCGGUGGUAUACCUACAGUUAUCAACAAGAUCCGUGCAUAUAUCCGUAUUCGAGCUGCUCGCAAAGACCUUGCUCCUGAUGGAACGGAGCUGCAAGUUGUCGGGCAGGACUAUUGCUGGAUUCUUAUUUUCUACCUCUUGCGAUGUGGGUUUGUGACCGAAGCGGCGGAGUAUGUCAGCCAGGACCCUGGUUUCCGGUCACUCGACCACAAGUUUGUCACUUACAUGACAACCUACGCUCAGAAUAGGAAGUUGCCGAGGGAUUUACAACAGAAAAUUAAUGGCGAGUAUCAACAACGUUCUCGAAAUGCGCCUGAAAACACAAUUGAUCCUUACAGAAUGGCCUGCUACAAGAUCAUUGGGCGUUGUGAUCUUGGCCGUCGUCGUCUUGAUGGUAUCAAUCAAAGUGUUGAAGAUUGGAUGUGGCUCCAGUUCAGUCUUGCAAGGGAGGAUGACCGCUCUGAAGAGAUUUCGGGUGACAUCUUUGGUCUUGAGGACAUUCAAACUGACAUCACAGAAAUCGGCCAGCGUGUAUUCACCAAGGGACAGGAAGGGCCUGGCGGUUAUGGGACUUACUUCCUUCUGCAGGUUCUCGGGGGAAUGUUUGAACAGGCCGUCUCCUAUCUCGGUUCCUAUGCACCAGUUAGCGCUGUUCAUUUUGCGAUUGCUCUGUCUUACUAUGGGCUGCUGCGUGUAUCGGAUUUCCAUACCUCUGGUGAAGAGAUUUUAUCGUACACCGUCAAACAGUAUCCUCAAAUCAAUUUCGGAUACCUCAUUACUCAGUAUACUCAAGAUUUCCGCACCGGAUUUGUCGAGGCCGCAGUCGAUUAUUUCAUUCUUAUCUGUCUCAAUUCUGAUCUUCCUGGCUCCAUCGGCAAGUCUCACGCUUCUGUGUGUCACGAAGCUCUGAGGGAAUUCAUUUUGGAAACAAGGAGCUUUGCGAAACUGCUGGGUGAUAUCCGAAGUGAUGGAAUGAGAAUCAAAGGGGCUAUUGAGCAGCGUCUUGGCCUGAUCAAGCUAAUUGAUCAGGAAGAAUUUUUAAAGACCAUCACAGUGCAGGCCGCUGCUGUAGCAGACGACAAGGGUCUUACAGCCGACGCGGUCCUUCUGUACCAUCUUGCUGAGGAUUACGACCGGGUUAUCAUCAUUAUUAAUCGAUCUUUAUCCGAUGCCGCUGCUGUUGAAAUCGGAGGCCCGGCCUGGAAACUGCAACCAUUGCGUCCGAGAACGAAUGAAGCGCCCUAUGACCACGGCUCUGGACAACUAGGCCAAGUUGAACCAGGAAGCAGUCUCAGCUUAACCUCGGUGGAAGAUCCGGUGGUCUUGGCCCGGAAUAUGAUCAGUCUAUAUAAUUCAAAUGCGCUGUACUAUCAACGUAUCCGUCAAGUCAACCGUGAUGCUUGUGGCGUGCUGCUCCGAAUGAUGGAGGCCAAGACUGAACUUGAAGCUGGAAAGUGGACAGCAGCUCUUGAUGCUAUUAAUGAGCUAAACAUCCUACCUCUACGCGCAAAGGGUUCCGUGCCGUAUAUUAGGGGUGCGGCCCAAGCCUUUGCCUCCCUUCCUCAGGUCAUUUCGCGCAAUGUUGGAAACGUAAUCAUGUGGAGUAUCACAUGCAUUGGCUAUGAAAGACAGCGACUGGCAUCGGGAGCCUAUGAAAAUGAGAUUACGCAAAGUCUCGCAGACGAGUUGCUUGUCAUGGGCAAAGAUCUUAUGGUGUUCGCCGGCAUGGUCAAGUACAAAUUGCAGCCAAGGGUUUAUGAGACUCUCGCUCGUGCUGGGGCAGAAAUUGGCGUGCAUUGAUUCAUGCAGAUUGGUCCAUAUUAUUCCAGGGGAUGGCAUAUGAUCUAGCAUUCUUUCUUUUAUCUUAUUGAUUAAUCAUUUUAUUGGUCAAUAGACACCUUCCUUCCAUGCUUCCAUGGAGACCUUUUUGCCUCGAUAGUCUUGAAAUUGACCACAUAAAUUGAAAUCUCGCAGACUCGCCAAAUAGUGGCCUGCGGUAUUCUAGUUUUGACGCAGAAGGUAAAACAAACAGGU